AAUGUUGAAUCUAUCGGCAACAAGGCAAAAGCUAAUCGACAUGUUCUCUUCCAAACGUGAAGAUAAAGCCUUACUUAAUUACUUAGGAGCAAUCCUGACCGCCCCAGAUGAAACCUCUUUUCCCGCUUUUGGAGGUGCUUUGGAAUGGAUACGCUCUCAUACCGAUUAUCUAAAAAUGUUUUUAACCUUACUCCGAAUCUACCCGAAUUUAAUUCAUGACGAAUCUCUAGAUUCAUUUUGGGAAUUUAUGCUUCCAUUUUUAAGAAUAAACGAUUCUAAAAAGCAUUCAAGAUAUGAUAGUUUUGAAGAAGAAGCAUUAUUUCCACAUCUUCCAUCAAUACAUAUUGAGUCCAGUACGGAUGACUGUCUAAAGCUGGUUUACCUAUGCAGACCCGAGAUUGAAGAGCUCAGUUCACCCGAUAUUCUUAGAUUAGAAGUUACUGAGAAAUAUCUUUCAAACGUUACGUUCGUUAGAACAAACCGAUCCUUGUUUACGUCAACAGUUUGCGACGUCACAUCGACAAAUGACGUCAUUCAACACUGCCACACCUUUAUACUAGAUAUUAAUCGAAGUACAUUGCACGACGAAGAGUGCAUUAACUUACUAUGUGAAGCAGUGCAAAAUGAAAUACCAAUCCUUUUCAUCAGAGAUCCUAAUUUCCAACUUACAAUACCGGAUAAUCUAAAAAAGAGAAAAUUAAUAAAGAAAAGGAGAAAAAUUAUUGACGAUGACAUUAGAGUUACUCCAACAAGUCCAAAAUCUCUCUCAUCUCCUCCAUCGUCUUUAGACGUUCCGUAUUACCAAGCUAUCAGCGAAGAAAGUGUUUGCCUGGAAGAAGUGAUAAAUACAGCUAUAUCUCAAAGUGUUAUCUACGCAUCUCAUUUACACAACGCCUGUAUAGCCAGACUCUACAACAAACUAGAGAAAUUGCUGUUAUAUCCGUUACCAACAUUUCAUCAGGUAAACGACGUCAAUUCUCUCACGAAUUCAGCGUACAACAUUGAUACCUUCCUUAAUUGCUUGAAAGGAAUAAACCAACAAAUUCAUAGGAAGAAAGCAGAUAAGCGAAUUUUAACUAAGUCUACUUCCUUUGAGAUUAUGUCUACUGGUAGAAAAGUAAAAGCCUCGAAAUUACCAAGAUUCAUUCCAAGGUGCAAUUCAGUGGGUAAUCGACUCAAACGAGACUACUCAAUAGAUCUACCACCGCUGACUACACAGAAGUCAGAAUCCUUACCGCCCAUAAGAAAUGUCUCUAAUAAACAAAAAUCAUAUAGCUCUGAUCAUUUAUCUCAAAUAUCUCGCAAAGAAAAUCAUCUAACCGAUACUAAACUUCGAACUCAAUCAAUUGAUAGAGACGAAAGAACUUCUUAUUUGGUUUUUCCUCCGCGUGAUCACAACACAACUGGCCCUCCCCAACCGCCAAAAAUUGUUAAGUAUCCCCUUACAGAAUCAGCCGAAUCAAGCCCUCCAUCCGUUUCACCCUUAACAUUUGACGAUUUUAAUUUAGAUAUCGAAUUGGCCGAUUUAGCAUCCUUAUCAUCGUCUCCUGACUUAGAGUCGAACGUUACCGAAUUAGAGGAGAUUGGCAGUGAAAGCGAUAAGAAGUAA